AUGGCGACAUUUACAACACUGGACUAUUUCCUAUUUGUGGCAGUACUUCUCGUAUCCUUCUUCAUAGGACUCUAUUAUAUGUUAAAAGAAAAACUAGCAAAACAGCAAGCUACUUCAGACGAUAUUUUAAUGGGAGGACGAGAAAUGCCAGUAUUUCCAGUAGCUAUGUCUCUGGUGGCAAGUUACAUGUCGGCGAUAACCGUUUUGGGAACUCCUACAGAGAUGUACGUGUUCGGAACACAAUAUUACAUGGUGGCAUUUUCCGGGUUAUUGACGUACCCAGUCACGUGUUUUGUAUUCCUACCAUUCUUUCAUAACUUGGGACUAACCAGUGCAUACCAGUACUUGGAACUCCGUUUCAAUAGCUGGACUCGCUACAUAGCAGCAUUGGUCUUCGCCAUAGAGAUGGUACUGUAUAUGGCGGUGGUUCUUUAUGCGCCUGCGCUUGCUUUGAAUCAAGUGACUGGUCUCUCAUUGCCGGGUUCUAUAUUAAGUGUGGGCGCCGUAGUAACCUUCUACACUUCUAUGGGAGGAUUACGUGCCGUGUUGUGGACAGACACAUUCCAAACAUUUGUCGUCGUUGGGGGUCUCGUUGGGAUCAUCGCAAUGGGCUGCAUGAAGUUCGGAGGCAUAUCAGAGGUAUGGAACCUCGCACAGCAAGGAGGAAGAAUAGAGUUCUUUAAUUUCGACCCAAGUCCCUUUACGAGAUGCACGUUCUGGGGGCUAACUGUUGGUAGUUUUAUCGGCCAGCUGACAAUUUACGGAGCCAAUCAAACCAUGUUACAACGGUAUAUGAGUAUCAGCAAUGUUAAAAACGCGCAGAUAGCCCUUUUCGUGAGCUUACCAGCCACCAUCAUUUUGGUCACUCUGGUGUGCCUGUCCGGACUGGUCAUUUACGCGGAGUACCACGACUGUGAUCCUUUACUGGACGGUAAACUUAUAUCCAGGGACCAGCUGUUACCGUACUACGUGAUGGAGAGUCUUGGUAGAAUACCUGGAAUACCUGGACUGUUCGUGGCAUGCAUAUUCAGUGCUGCGUUGAGCUCUAUAUCUUCUUGUUUGAAUGCCCUCUCUAUAACCUUAUUGGAGGACUUGCUGAAACCUUUCCUGGAUUACAUUGGUGUAGUAAUGAAAGCAUCCGCAGAAGCGAAAGCUGCAAAUAUAUUAGGUGCCCUGGGAGGAUUGGUUGUAAUUGGAUUUGCCUUCUUGUCUGCACUGCUGGGUUCGACUGUGCUUCAGAUAAUGAUAUCGGUAUUAGGAAUGGCAGGAGGUCCACUACUUGGUUUGUUUCUGAUGGGGAUGUUUUUGCCAUGUGUCAACGGCAAGGGGGCAUUGGCUGGCAUGGUUGUUAGCACAGUCGUAAUAUUCUGGAUCGUGGUUGGCUCUUUUGUAUAUCACGUUCCUAUGCCAACGCUUCCGUUUGGGACCGACGGAUGUGACGUAGAAGAUGGUGUUACGUAUGCUAUGAAUAACUUUGUAAUGAAUUCUCCGGAUUUAAACAUGCCUAGAGUUCCGAUCAGUGACAGUUAUAUAGCUGAAACUGAAAUUGAUUGGUCUGGUCCCAUGGCGGUGUACAGGUUGUCGUUCCUGUGGUAUCCAACAGUGGCUAUAUGUAUCGCUUUGGUCGUCGGCAUCCUCGUCAGUUGUCUUACAGGUUGGCAGAGUGAGAAGAUUGCUCCUAAAUUUGUGUAUCCGGUAUCUGAGAAGUUGUGCUGCUGUCUUCCCAGUUGUGUCCGGAGGAAACUAAACUGUUUUAAAUUGUGGAAAUAUAAUGUUGGUAGCAUGAGCGAUGUUUUGUCAGAUGACGAGGAGGAAGAAGAAGAGUUCAGCAAACUAAAGAUGGAAACCCGUGAGACAGCAAAGCUUCUUCCUCCAAAAUCGCGGCGUAUGGAUAGCUUCGAAACGGAAAUGAACGAAUUUGAUGUUUAA